ACACGCUCCAAGGCCGUUCUCAUCAGCCCUCAGCUGGGAGGGGUGUUGACUGGGCGCUUUGCUGUCAUCCAGGAGAUGUUCACGGCCUUACCAGUGCUGACUGUGUUAAAGGUCACGUGGAAAACUAUAUCGUACGACUUCUUGCAGACGAUCCCCAUCUGGCAGAACAAACCCCACGGCUCAGCGCGCAGCGUGGUCAGGAGGAUCGGGUCAAACCUCCCUUUGAAACCCUGUCCCAGAGCAACCUUUGAGGUUCUACCAAAUGUUUCCGACCUCUAUUUAAAUGAUGUCCCUCCAGUCCCCACCUUGGCAGACAUCGUGUGGAUAGCAGCAGACGACGAAGAGACGUAUGCCAGAGUCAGGAGCGACACUCGCCCACUGAAGCACAAAUGGAAGCCAAGUCCCUUCACUGUCAUACAGCGAAACGCUUCAGUCCCCAACCUGAGGAAGCAGGAGGAGAAGCUGCUGGCCUUGAAGAAACCUGGUUUACCAGCACUGAGCCGAACAACAGAGCUCCAGGAUGAGCUGAGUCACCUUCGGAGUCAGAUAGCUAAAAUAGUCGCUGCAGAGUCAGCUUCUGCUUCGUUAACACCAGAUUUAUUAUCUCCAGGAAGUUCAAAUGCAUCUUCUCCUUUACCUUGUUUUGGACCCUCUUUCCAGUCGACGACUUCCUUCGUCAUUAGCGACAUCACGGAGGAGGAGGCAGAGCUCGAGAGCCCCGAGCUCCCGUCGGUCUCCAUGCUUUGUUCUGCAGCCUCCGAGUGCUGUAAACCAGAACCAAAGGAUCCUGACGAGGAAGAUUCCGUGUCUCUUUCCAAGGCCAGCAGUUUUGCGGACAUGAUGGGCAUUCUUAAGGAUAUUCAUAGGAUGAAGCAGAGCAAAGACUUAAACCGAACUUCCAUGAAGGAGGAAGACCCGGCUGUUCUUAUAGCAGAAGUUCUGAGAAGAAAAUUUGCCCUCAAGGAUGAAGAUCUGGCCCUGAAGAAGAAAUGAUGUUACUGUCAUUAAACUCUGUAAGCAAAAGUGUUAUGCUCCCAAAAUUUUCUCCACAGUAGCUGCCUUCCUAAGGAUUGAGCCUUUUGCCUCUUUUAUUAAUUAGAAAUGGUUUCUGCACUGGACACUUACUUAGGAAAGACCCUAUGGAUUUGAUGUGUUUUCCAUGUAUUGUUAUAUUUAAGAAAAAACUUUUUAAGAUGAUGGAAUUUCUUUUCCACCUGUAUUUUGAUGUUGAUUAUUGAUAAGGAUCUUCUGAAAAGUGCAAUGAGUGCUGCUGGAUGACGUUCUUUCUACCUACAAUUUUCCUUAGGUUCAAAUUAAGCAUUAACAGUCUUGUUGCAAUAC